AUGUGCUCUUUCUCCUCAGAACAGCCACUAUAUCUUCUUCCCCUUGUUCUUGCCCUUCACCGUCCAUGGCCUUCCAAGAGACACCACCACCUUCUCCAUAAAAGAAGAAGGAGAGCACAAGUGCAAGAAGCAAGAAGGAGGAAAAGGAUGAUUUUGAAGAGAGAAAUGAAGAUGAGAAACUUGAAGUUGUACAUGGAGAACCAAAGCAUCAUUGAGGAGAAUGAGAAGUUGAGGAAGCAAGCACUGCAUCUUCACAAAGAGAAUCAGACCCUCUUAUUUCAGCUUCAAAACAAGUUCUCCCAACAAAGUAACACCAAAUCCGAAUAA